AUGGUUACUGGUGUGACUCGUCACAUUGACCUUAUAAACCUCACAGAACGAUGGCAAGCAACACAGAGCAGCGCAGGAAUCUCUGGACAAUUGUUUCCAGUACUGAAGAUUAAAGACGUCCAAAAAAUUACACGAAAGAUGAAGCACUUGAUUCUUUUUGCUGUAACUGCUCUUCUGGUCUUCAAUGGAUGUGACUGCACCACAACCGUAUCAUCUGGAACUGCAAUUCUAACAACUUCUGCAUCUCUAGCAUCUACCACGUCUGCAGUUUCUCCAACAUCUGCAGCUUCGACAGAUUCUCCAACAUCUGCAGCUUCUACAGUAUCUCCAGCUUCUACAGUAUCUCCAUCAUCCGCAGCUUCCACAGUAUCUCCAGCAUCCGCAGCUUCUACAGUAUCUCCAGCAUCCACAGCUUCUACAGUAUCUCCAGCAUCCGCAGCUUCCACAGUAUCUCCAGCAUCCGCAGCUUCCACAGUAUCUCCAGCAUCCACAGCUUCCACAGUAUCUCCAGCAUCCGCAGCUUCCACAGUAUCUCCAGCAUCCGCAGCUUCCACAGUAUCUCCAGCAUCUGCAGCAUCCACAGUAUCUCCAGCAUCCGCAGCUUCAACAGUUUCUCCAGCAUCUUCAGCCUCUACAGUUUCUCCAGCAACUUCAGCUUCUACAGUUUCUCCAGCGUCUGCAGCGUAUACAAUUUCUACGGUGUCUGCAAAUUCAACAGCGACUCUGAUGAGCACAAAUUCAACUGCAAGUGGAGCACCAGUUGCAACCUCGGCUUCAGGUUUCCAGCUGCUCUGUGCAGGACUUCUCAUCUGGACCCUGAGGCACAUUCAACUGAGAAAUUAGGAGAGAUCUGGAGAAGUGAUAGCCAAUGCUGGAGCAGGAGACAACUUAAUCUUAGCUAUUUAUUUUCUCAAUGUUUAUAUUAUAUGGUUUAUAUGUAAAUAAAUAUAACAGUUCUAUAUUAUUA